AUUGCCUCACAUCGCCCUGUGCCCGAACCAAAUCAAAGCAAAAUGUGGUACUUUGCAUGGGUAUUCGUCUUAGAGUCUGUCGCCAUUGCAGCAGCCAAUACUGCAACCAUCGUCAUAUUCACCAGGACGAACCGYCUUCAAAGCAAACAGUACAUUAUGAUUAUCAGCCAGGCYGUMGCUGAUCUCUUCGUUGGCCUUGUGUCUGUUCCUAUGUUUACUGCCUGGAGAGUUAACUGGCAAGGUGACAGGACAACAGUGUUCUUUACCUUCUUUGUGAUGGCUGAUACCUUUUUUGGAAUAGCCUCCCUAUCUGGUUUGGCAGCGAUGGCCAUUGAACGAGCACAUGCAACAUACUUUCCAUUUCGACAUUACACAUUAGGUAAAGGCCCGUACAUCAUCGGGAUUGUUUUGACGUGGACUGCUCCACUUUUAGURACAGGUGCAUUGAUGGCUUCCAUUYUUCAUAAUGAAAAUCGGAUCAAGGACAACAUAAAAUUGGCAGCUAUGUGCUUCGCGCUUGUGAUGAUUGUUGCUGCGUAUUUUCUCAUCGUUCUGAAAGUCCAUCGCACAACCAUCCARACAAAUGAUGUAAACAUCCAAGAAAACAAGAAACUGACUGUCACGAUCGCUGUUGUUACUAUUYUAAGCCUUCUCAUGUGGCUGCCCUUCAAAUGUCUUGCUGUAGUUGGUUUUAAGGCUGCCUCUGCUUCUUCUCCUUCUAUUUACUACUCUGCGAAAUUUCUCCAUUACGGCAACUCCCUCGUUAAUUCUGUUGUCUACGCRUUUCGUAUGCGCGAAAUCAAAAAAGAAAUCCUGCGUGUGUUCCYGUGCUGUCGCASCAAUCGAAUCUCAACAACAGAUGAAAGGCAACUUGAAAACAUUGGAAAAGUCACAAAUGUCACCAUUGAAUAAAGCGAAAUACUGAAUAAUUCAUGCUCUCUGGAUCUUGUUAUUGUUUGA